AUCAUUUACUCUUAUCUAAAUCGCAACAUUUCUCCUGAUGAGAACUAAUGUGUGAAAUUCACCAGACAUUCAAAAUUGUUUCAUAUUUAACAACCCAAUUACAAUUCAACCAGAUAUGGUAUUACAAGAAACGGCUUCAACUACGGGGCUUCCUAGCAGCGGCCAUCAUCAUACAUUAGUAAGACAUCCUCACCAUCAUCAUCUUCAUCCACACCAUCAUAAUCAUCAUCUCAAUCAUCCCCACUCCCAAUAUGUACAACAACCUUCAUUGUUGAAUGGCCAACAACAACAACAACAACAGCAAUCAUCACACCCACAUCAUCAUCACCAUCAGCAUCAUCACCGGCAUCAAUUGUCAGUGAAUGGUUUAGCUGCUUCUGCUAGUGGCGCCAUGUCCACUGGUGGUACAGUUGGACCAACAUCAGCGCAGCCACCACCCGCACAUUUGUCCACAUAUCCGGCUCAUAACCAUCGUAAUAAUCAUCAUCAUCCGGGACAUGUACAUCGCCACAAUACUACUGUUGGUUCAGUUGGUUGUUCUGGAUUAGCAAUCUGUGUUCCUUUAUUGCAUGAUGGUUCCAAUGCUGGUACUUCUACCGGUCUUGUAUCACCACCAUCGUCAACAUCGAUUGCUCAUCGACAGCAUUCACGUACAUUUGCUACAACUCCGGCAGAUAAUCCGUCGACAUCUAUUUCGACGCUUGAUUCGAAUCCAAAUGAAAGACAAUCAUCGUUGGCCAAUGUUUAUUUAACAGCAGCUGCUGUUGCUGCCGCUCAAUUUGAUCCUUCAUCCGUUUUUACGAAUAGUGAAAAUGGUAGUGCUAGUAGCCAAAUUCAUCACCCAAUUCGUUCACCCGGGCACCAUCAUAGAAGACAUCGCAACAAUCAUCACCAUUCUCAUGCAGCACAUCAUCAAUCGAAUGUAUCAACGAGAUCAUCACAAAUGCCCUCAUUGACAAACUCACAACAACAACCAUCAGUCGCAACAUCAGCGAUGGAUGUCGUUGAAGAUCAUGUUGAUCAAACACAAAGGCCAAACAUUGAUACAAGUAAUGGUCAUCAUCAUUUUCAUCGGUCCAGACAUUAUCAAAUUGAUCCAUGUGAUGCACCAGAUGAUAUUCUUUCUCGAAAGAGUAAAAGUCCUUCAAGAAAACGUCGCCGUACAGAUUUUGCUGGGACUUCAAUUGCCCUAAAUCAUUUUCGAAAUUUAGUUGUUGAAUCUUCGUCACCGCCUUUGCCUUCUCAAGAUUCGAUACCUGGAGAGGAUGAUGUUUCAGCUAAUGAUGGUGGCGGAGGUACAGAUCGAUUAGAAUCAUGGGUUGCCUUGGUAUCACCACAACCUCAACCUCAACCUCAUACCAGCAGUCCAAACACAGAUCUGGAACCAAUCGUAGCUGUUAAUUCCAAUGUUGAAUUAGUCCAGAAUGAGCCAUCUCCUAAUAAUGGAGAUUAUCAUCAUCAUUACAAUACCGUCCUACAACAAACAUUAGAGACAGCAGCCGAAGUUUCUUCUAUGGAUGAUCUCAUUGAAACGAAUGAACCUCUCAACGUUUUUUCCAACCACAAUGUGCUCGAUGAGUCACAAAAUCAUACCUCAUCAUCAUCAGCAUCAGCAUCAUCAUCGUGGAAUCGACGUACUGUGAUCACCUCAGCAUCUUCUCAGGGAGAUGAAAACGUAGCAACUAAUACAAAUUCUGGCCAAAGAUCCAUCAUAAAUGCACACUUAUCGCCUUCAAUCCAAUCAACCAACCAUGAUAAUAAUAAUAAUUUUCUUAACGGGCAGCAGCAAUUAACUAUUUCUAGGUUGAUGAACAAUUCAAAUAAUGAUAUGAAUGGCCAAGAUCCAGAUGACAAUGGUGAUAACGAAAGGAAUAGUGGCGAAAAUGACGAUGAAGAAUAUGUCAAAUGCCGUGCACGUUUACAUAGUAACGCACAAACAUCAACAGAUUUAGAUAAUGAAGAAGCUCAUGAAGAAAAUGGCAGUACAUUAUCCGAUGCACAAUCAUUUGAUUCGAACGCUGCCACAAUCGACUCUACCUCAGAAGCAUCGAUGGCAUUAUAUUCAUCUUCUGCCGCUUCGAUUCAAACAAUGGAUUCGGCUCUAUCGGUGCCACGAUCGCAAUCACCUCAAUCUUCAUCCAGCAGCAGUAGCAGUAAUGGAAGUGUGCCAUCAACGAUUCCUGCAUCAUCUUUUUUCAUGAAUUCACAUUGUCAUAAUUCGAAUCGACAGUCAGCAGCAACGUUAUCAGUAGAACAUGAUCAGUCCACAUUAUCUUCCAGUCCUCAAAGUAAUAAUUCCGUCAGCAAUGCUUUUCCACCUUUGUUUCAACAACAAAAUAAUGAAUCCUCAUAUUCAGCUAAUCAAACACCAUCAGUGGCAUCCGCUAAUGUCAAUGCGAAUGAUACUGUUGAACGAUCUCAACAAACAGAUCAUCAUUAUCAUCAGGUUGAACGGCAAUCAAAUAAUAGUGCGAAUCAAGAAUCAACUGUCAACAAUACAACUGCAUCUACUGCAGAUGUACAUUCCGGAUGUCCAUAUUUUCAACGUUUAAAUAACCUUCGAACGUUACCUAACAUAAAUCGGCCUAACAACGAUUAUAAUAAUACUCAGCACUUGGGAACAAACUUCUCCAACUCACAUGGUCACACACAGUUGCCAGCGACGGCGACAAACGCUGCGACAUCUGACAUUCAUCGCCAAGCUAAUCGGUUAUCAUCGAAUCGACCAUCGCGUCGAUAUCAUAGGAUAUUAAAUCACCAAAUGCCACCAACACAACCUCCACUUUCCAUUCCUCAACAAACGAACAUGGAAUCAAACGAAACUGGCAGUUAUUCUCGAUUGCCCGCUGCAUUUCUUUUGUUCGACCAAUCCUCACCCAGCUUUCAUUAUUCAGAUCCUAGAUUGUUCGAAUUGAUCAAUGAGUAUUUUCCCAAUGGAACUGGUGCCUAUCCGCACAUGUUCCAUUCAUCAGCACUUGCAGCAAAUUCCAACUCUACAAGAAAUGUUGUCUCGGAUUCUAUGAUUGAUUUCAAUAAUCCUCAAUCGGUUCACUGGCUUUAUCAUUUGCUGAUGCAAGAUCCUCAAUUAGUUCCACACUCUCAACAGCAAACAAUGGGUCCGAUAUCCAACUCAUCCCAACAAACAACACAACAAUGUUCGAACUCCAGAUCACAAUCAAAUACUGGUCAAUCACAUCAGUCUAAUUCUUCAACUAACUCUUCUCAGAUUCGUCAUCAAGAUCGUAAUGCAAAUAAUUAUCCGAUGUAUUCAUCACAUCAACCGCAUCCAUCACAUCAAAUGAACUAUAUGAAUUCUCGCGUGCCUCGCACAACAUCUGAUCGAAGCAACAGUGGCGUUAACAUCUCUCAAAAUGGAAUGUCUUUGGGACAAACACAAUCGCAGUUUCUACGGCCUGAAUGGCAACGAUCAGCAAGUGCUGCGACAACGACCGCAUCUGCAAGUGGAGUUCCAGUACUUCGUCUAUACAAUAAUCAGGUCGGAGCUCUUGCACCGACUUAUGAUCAUCGUCUAAUUAAUCCGAUAUUAUCAUUGUUAUUGCCUCAAUCAUCUCAGGCAACGCCAACAACGUCUUUACAGCAACUUCGAACAAGUACUGCAACAACCAACGGUCAUUCUUCUUCUAUCCAUUCAUUACCGCCAACAGCUCCAGUGUUACCAAAUGUCGCAACGUUGCCACAAAUUGAUAAUUUUGGAUUGACACAAAACAUUGACCAAUUAUCGCCGCCCUUGUUUAUAUUACCUGCUGGAAACUAUCCACCCCCAUCACCGCUUUCACAAAUCCGACGAAUCCAACGUCAAAAUGAAACUUCGAAUAGUUGCAAUAGUUCGAACAACCAGUCAUCACAGCAGCAUCAGCAUCAGCAACAACAACAAUCUUCACAUCUUCGCUCAACACAGCAUCAGCAGCAGGUUUCUUCAACGUCGGCCCAAGUUUCUGCUAACAUGUUCAAUCCAUUUGCGAAUCUUGCCGCUAGUACAGCCGCAACUAAUUCCUCGUUUCAUAAUCGAUUUCAUCCUAUCGUCUCAAAUGCUUCGUCCGCGAUCCAUCACACAUCGUCAGCGAGCCAAAAUCAUCAUCACAACGGUAUGCAUCAGAAUCAGCAGCAGCAUCAUCAUCAUCAUCAUCAUCAUAAUUCGGCUAAUCAAGCAAGACCUGGCGUAAAUAAUCCUUCAUUUGUUCCAAGAAUAACAAAUUUUAUAAAUAACAAUACUUCGUCGUCUGGACGGCCGACAAUAAACCGAGCUUCUGGUCACCAUCAUCACCAUCCUCACCAACCGCCUUUCGCAUUUUUAUCACCAUUGGCAAUUCCGAAUUUCGAUCGUCGAUUCAGCGAAUGGUCUGACUUACCAUUGUUUCCCCCGAAUACAUUGCAUAAUUCAUUAUUUAAUGAUAAUAUGCCCGAAGCUGAAAACUAUGAAGCUUUACUUUCGUUAGCAGAACGUUUGGGUGAAGCUAAACCACGUGGUCUAAACAAAAGUGAAAUCGAUCAACUACCAUCUUAUCGAUACAAACCAGAAAUUAGUGCCGAAACUGAUCAAACAUCAUGCGUCAUAUGUAUUUGUGAUUUUGAGGCCAAACAAAAUCUUCGUGUAUUGCCUUGCCAUCACGAAUUUCAUGCCCGUUGUAUCGACAAAUGGCUUAAGACUAAUCGUACCUGUCCCAUAUGUCGACGUGAUUCAACCGCACUAAUCCAAGAAGCCGAUUAAUUUAAAGAUGAAUUUUGUUAUCAAGUUGCAAUAAUGACAGAUAUCGAAAAAUUUUCAAUUGUUGGCUUAUUACUAUUGUACAAAACAAUUUUUUUUUGUAAUUUUCUAUGUUGU